UUGUCAGCCGAGCUAUAAGUUGAGCUGCAGGAAGAUUCCAGCCCCGUACGUGUGGGGCCAAGCCAUAAGAAAGGCCAGAGCUUUUGCUCUGUAGCCCGUGAGAGGAUGUCUCCCAGCCUUCAUGAAGGUGCUCAGCUUAGGGAAAGCAAACCCUCACCUUGUUCCUUUUCAAUUGAGAGCAUCUUAGGACUGGACCAGAAGAAAGAUUGUGUUCCAUCCAUGAAACCUCACAGGCCCUGGGCAGACACCUGCAACUCCUCAGAGAAAGAUGCUAACCUAUGUCACGGCUCGAGUCUUCCCAAUGGGAUCUCAUUUCCUUGUAUGGUGGAUCACCCAAUGCCAGAAGAAAGAGCUUUGAAAUAUGAAAAUUACUUUUCAGCCUCAGAAAGAUUAUCUUUGAAAAAAGAGUUGAGUUGGUAUAGAGGCCGAAGACCUAGAACUGCUUUUACCCAAAACCAGAUUGAAGUAUUGGAAAAUGUCUUUAGAGUAAACUGCUAUCCUGGCAUUGAUAUCAGAGAAGACUUAGCUCAAAAAUUGAACCUAGAAGAAGACAGAAUCCAGAUUUGGUUCCAAAAUCGGCGUGCAAAACUGAAGAGAUCCCAUAGAGAAUCACAGUUUCUAAUGGCGAAAAAAAAUUUCAACACAAAUAUCCUGGAAUAGGUAGAAAACUAAACAUGUGAAAUUAUCUUCCAAUUGCAGAUCAUGAGAAAUAAAUGCAAAUAUCAAGUGUUAAAAAUGUAAUGUUUUUUUUCCUGCAUUUAGUCUAAAUAUUAUCCUUUUUUUCCAAAAUGUAUUGUAAAUAAUUAUGAUUAUAGCAUGGUACACAUUAUAUUUGGACACUGUUGGUUACAAUAAAGACCUUUCCUAUAUAUUUUAAUAAAAAUUUUCAGAAAAGCUAGCUAUUUUGUAAGUGAGCAAAGUUAAUCUGAUAAAUUAGUAUGCUAAAAUCA